AUUGCUAUUCAACACACACACUCUCUUUUCUCGCCAUUCUUGUUCGUUCCUUUUAUUUUUAUUUUAUUUUUAUUCUUCUUGGCGGCGGCGGCGUCGUCAUUACUUCCACAACUGGGAACUGCACUGUGCUGUAGUUGAUUCUUUUAGCCCAUUCGUUCAACUGUCGUGGCAGCCCCGCAACGCAACGCAAACAAACAAACAAUCCAUAAACACGCUAGCUAGGUACUUUACCUACCGAAGUACCACGACUUUGCAAAGCCACUUUGAUAAACCCGGGCUGGGUUGGUUCCAGGGCGCCUUGAACUUAUUAUAAUCACGACUUCGCAGUUCGUGCAAGGCAGCCAGCCUUCUUGCUUGGCUACCGCUGCGAGGUCAGGUAGUCGUUGGCGGCCUGUAGUUUUCAAAACGCGAGAUCCCAGCCAAUUAAUUGGUCGAGAUGGCGACAAUCAAGAAGCGAGAGCAGCACCCGCUUAACAACAUGCAUACCUCGGGCAUUUUUUCCGACAUGAGUAUCGAUGGCCCCGAAAUUGGCACUCUGGUGCUUGUCGUCGACAAGGCCAAAAAUCUCCCCAACCGAAAAACGAUAGGCAAGCAAGACCCGUAUUGUGCUGCCAGGCUGGGGAAGGAAGCCAAAAAGACGGCGACCGACGUGCGCGGAGGGCAGACCCCCAAGUGGGACCAGGAGCUCAGAUUCACAGUCCACGACUGCCCCGACUAUAACCAGCUCAAGGUAUCUGUCUUCAACGAUGAUAAGAAAACGGACCUGAUUGGUGAGACAUGGAUCGACCUGCGCGACAUACUUGUAGUCGGUGGCGGCCAGAGCGACACAUGGCACACCCUGAACUUCCGUAGCAAAUACGCAGGGGAGAUUAGACUCGAGAUUACCUACUACGACUCUCGCCCGAAGCCCGAGAAGUCAGUUGCAAAGCCAAGACCUGUUGCUUCAAACAGCGAUCUCAGCAACGCUGCUGUUCAGCCGGCAGCUGCGCCCAAACGCAGACCACUACCCACGGAACCUCCCAACGGCCCCGUGCCAACUGCCCAGCCUCAACAACCACCGGCACCACAACCAGAACAUAUGCAGACUCCGCCUCGAAAACAACCAAGCACUCCGUCAUAUGUGCCCAACCAAUCGCCCCUCCAGACGCUGGAAUACAGCACCCCGUCUCCAUCCUCAAGACCAGUGCCAAAAAGCCUUCAUAACUCUCCGGCCCCAACCGUCGGACCGAGCUACGUUACCCCACCGCAGCAUCAGUCGCAUGCCCACAGGUAUUCGGACAAGUAUGCAACCAGGGCGGAGGAGCCUGAUUUUGGUGGACUGGAUAACAGGUCCCAGUACUCGGGUAACUACUCUCAGACCCAUACGCAGAAUCAGUACCAUGGGCGUGAUAGGCAGGGAUCACAUACGUCUUUUGAACCCGACAGAGACCAAUACGACCCUCGAGGCAUGUCCACCAUGGAUAACCAUCGGCAGCCACCGGUGGAUGAUGAUGAUCGCCCGCCCCCACCUCCAGUGCACAGAAGUCGGGGUAGCAGCGGGGCUGCUGUUGGUGCUCCGGUCGACCUAGCAAUCAGGUCAGGCAGCUUUGAUGGCAGUAUGCGAGGUGCACCUCCAACAAUGAGGCAAGAUGUGUUGCGGAGCGCUGCUCACAGACAAUCGGUGGGUUCUGCUGCAUAUCCUGGCAGGCCUACAUAUAGGCCCUAUGAUUCCGCACCAGCAGGUGCGGCCGUUCCCCAAUAUGCGGACGAAGAUGGCCAUCACCAACACCACCAACCUCCGCCUCGGCACCGAUCAUUUGACACUGGGCACGAGGGCCCCCAACGAUCCAUGCAGCCGACUGUAGAGGAUGAUCCGGACUCACCCAGCGGAGCGGUGCAAACGUACAGGAAAAGCACUUCGCGGCACCCGCAGUCUCCCGCGCAAUACAGCGUACCGGAAUACGAUAUCACGGCCACGCCAGCGCCCCUUAGUCUCAGUGGCCGCAACAGUGCCCUUGUGCACGGCGGCUCAUCCCAGGCAGUAGUAUCCCAAUCGUCCCCCCACUACCACCAACAGCAAAAUGGUCGCCGACAGUCAAAUGGAUACCACCAGGAAGUUGCCAACGGCGUUCCCAGUUACAGCAAUUACGGCACGAGCCCUGACGUCUACCAGUCCAGAGACGGGUACGGAGCCUCUGCAUCGCCACGGAAUAACCACCGUCAGAGGAGCCCAAGCCCCAAUCCCAUGGUAGACCGCUACCAUGUGAGUCCCGGUCCCAGUCCCCACAGGGAGCACCACCCUGCCAGUCCGAUACCCGGUCGUAAACCAUCCCAGGACCUUUACCAAACGAGCCCCGUGCCCAUAUCUCAUACAAGUCACACCGAUAGCCCCGCCCAUUACCGCCAAGACCCUCGUGACGGCCAACAUCCCUCCCAGCGGAGUCCUGUCUUCGCCGCGCUUCCAGACGUUCCCGCGUCCCUGGUGCCCGGUGCUGACCCAAGCCUUGCGCUCGAGCUCUCUUCACGAAUAAAUGAGGGGAAGCGGCAAGAGGGUCGCCGCAACUCGGCCAUGGCAACGCCAACUCGCGGAAGACAAAUGAUAGAGUACAACCAAGAGGGUCCUCCGCCGCAGCAGUUCAGUGGAUCCGUGCCUCAACAUCACCGAUCGUUUGACAAUGGUCCUACGCAUUCCAUGUAUAACAAUGAACGUUCGUCAGGUGUUCUGUCAAAACCUCGAUCCCUGUCACCUCUUCCAACCCAAAACCAUACCAUCAGGCGCAAAUCGGUAUCCCCAGCACCUCCGCCGCCGGAUUCCAGGCGACUUUCUGGCAUGCCAUUCGCUCCGGACUCGUUCGACGAGCUCAACCCGACGGUAGCGGCUGCAAAAGCGGAGAAGAAGAGAGCGAAUCCGGAUUUCAACGAAGCCACCGGCAAGAUCAUUACCCACGACGGCAAAGAGAUCGACCCUAGCGACCACUUGCCCAUGGAAACGUGGGCGCCGGAGCCGGAGCCAUUUGAAGAGAGGAACAAGAAAAAGCCAGAAGGAGGUCCUGGUUCAAGUGGACUGCCGAUUGGUCCUUCAGGAAGAAGGCAGCUGAUAAUAGCGGCAUCACGACCUCAAGGCUCGUCUUCUGUGACAUAUAGUGGCGGCAACUCAAGCAGCACGUCUUCCUUUCCCAGUUAUGGAGAUGCCUCGUCGGCUGGGCGCAAUAGGCUUCAGAAGAAGACGCACAGCCGCGGCAUGAGUGCUGUGGCGUCGUUCGAGACCAAUGCACCAGGGCCGAGCCCGCUGGCACCUAUCAAGACCCCCUAUCACCAGGACAAUCACUCGUCGCCUCGUACGCUACAGAGGGCAAGCACGUUUGAUCAGUUUCAGCAAAAUGAGAAUCACAACCAUGCCCCUCUCGUGCUUUACCAAGGCAGUGGAAGGAACAGCAUGGACCAUCGCCAAGGUGCAGGUGGUGGAGGUCCGCCCCCCAUACCCGCCAAGAUUCCAAUGUUUGGCGGCGGAUCACCAAAUCCCUAUGGCAGUGGCGUUGAUCCCGGCCUACCCGUUAUGAGUGGAGCACUCCCCGCGCCCGGACCACCAGUGUCAUGGGACGGGCGGCAUGGUCAUGACAGCCGAGCCGGGUCGGAGCAAUGGGCGCUCAUGGAAGAGAUGAGCAGAAUAGACAUUGGAACCGGCAGAUCGAGACGGCAUGGGAGUGGCUACUGAAAUUUAACUAGGAUGUGGCCACAAAGCAGAGCAACCUUUCCCAUUCUCGACUCUAGAUGGCCUGGUUACCAUUCUUCGAGAACGCUGGGUGUUUUCCCGCAAUAGUCUUCUACUUCUACAAUCAUUUUUACACCAAUCUCUGGGGACUGUUUCAAGGAAACUCUCCCCAUUUUCCCAACAUCAACCACUGUCUUACACGUUGAUUAAUGGAAUAUUUCAGUUUCGAUACCUGACAGCACCUUUUUUCUUGAUUUCCUACCCUGCCACCGAGAGCCUGAAAGGGCACAUUCUCUAUAUUUUCAUAUAUAGGCUCCGCUCGCCUUGGCUGUAGCGGAGUUGAUCCUAUGCUGUGUUUCCUUUUGGGCGGAACGAGACGCGAUAAUGAUUUGAUGUUAUAUUUAAGCCUUGAGACAUGUAUAUAUCAACAGCGAUGUGAUGGAAAAUAAUGACUAAAAGUUCGCAAUAUUUUAUUUUCUUGUUUCGUCUCAUCAUUUAAUAUGGCAGUUUGUGGUUUUCAGCAGAGCCCUCGACUCCUCCAGUCAAGUUGAGAAGGGGCUAGGAACAAGGCGGCUGUGUUGGUCUUUGGCGAG